AUGGGCAGUCAUCAUUUGCGUGUUAUUCUAUUGAAUUUAGUAGAUCAUCUUAGUGAAAAUGAUCGAGAACGUUUACGUUUUUAUAUUGGACCCGAUGUUCCACGAAUUAUUAGAGAUGAUUCAUCAUUUGCUGGUAUUCUUCGUCUUUGGGAAUCACUUUUCGAUCAAGAUAAAAUCAAUGAAGAAGAUUUUACCUAUUUAAUAAAUGCACUUGAUGAAAUUCAUUGUCGUGAUGCUGUGAAACUUUUACGAGAACAUAUGAGACGAAUGCAGACACAUGGCUUAAAAGAAUCCUUAGAAAAUUUAGCAUCGAUAAUUCCACCAACGGCACCACACAUAACAAUAGAAGAAAUUCUUGGAGAUCAAGAUAAAGAUGAUAAAUUAGCCUUAAAAAGUCAAUCGUCCAAAACAACAUUCGAUGGAAUAUGGUUAAAACCUAAAAACGGCAAAAUUCCGUCAGAUGCUGUUGUUGGUGGUCAAGAAGGCAAUAAACUAGUUUAUAUAGCACGUUCAAAAUUAGUAAAUAAUGGUAUUAUUCCGGGCAAAUUGGUAGAAGGAACCGAAAAGGCUAUUAUUACACAUUUCGGUGUUCAUUCAUCAUCUGAUUAUGAACUGUUGAUUCGAUCAAAUCCUGAGCAGGAAUUCAAAUGGAGUGCAACAAGAAAUGCUAUUGUACCAGAAGGUGCUCUUUUAGCAGGCAAAGAAGAAGCAGUUCUAGUCUAUGUCGCUUCAAUCGAUACGAUGUCUAUCAAAAUUUUUUAUACAACAAUUCUUCUUCUUCUAAUUUUUCUACCAAUAAUGACUAGUAUGAAAUUAGAAGAAAAAAAUCGACUUCGCCUACAAGUUCUUGAUAUGUUUAAACAUGCAUUUAGUUCAUAUAUGAAAUAUGCUUAUCCUGCAGAUGAAUUAAUGCCAUUAAGUUGUAAAGGUCGAUAUCGAGGUUCUGAACCAUCACGAGGUGAUAUUGAUGAUGCACUUGGCAAUUUUUCAUUAACACUUGUCGAUAGUUUAGAUUCUUUAGCAGUUCUUGGAAUGUUUGAUGAAUUUGAACGUGCCAUUCGUCAAGUUAUUCAACAUGUUACAUUUGAUCGUGAUGUUGUUGUUUCUGUAUUUGAAACAAAUAUUCGAAUGGUCGGUGGUCUUCUUGGUGGUCAUAUAUGUGCAAAAUAUAUUCAUUUACAUUAUCCAUCUCGUUUAUCUUGGUAUCGUGAUGAAUUAUUAAUUUUAGCACAUGAUUUAGCUUUACGUUUAUUACCAGCAUUUAAUACAACAAGUGGUUUACCAUUACCACGUGUUAAUCUUCAUUAUGGUAUUGAUUUAACAUUAUCAAAAAGUGAACGUGAACGUUAUACAUGUACAGCAUGUGCUGGUACAUUAAUAUUAGAAUGGGCAACAUUAUCACGUUUAACAGGAAAUUAUUUAUUUGAACAAUAUGCUGAUCGUGCUAUGUCAUAUUUAUGGGAAAGACGACAUCGACAAUCAAAUUUAAUGGGUACAAUACUUAAUGUACAUUCAGGUGAUUGGAUUGUACGUGAAUCAGGUAUUGGUGCUGGUAUUGAUUCAUAUUAUGAAUAUUUAUUUAAAGCAUAUGUUUUAUUGGGUGAAAAAAAUAAUGAUUAUUUAUUAAGAUUUGAAGAACAUUAUUCAUCUAUAAUGUCUUAUGUUCAACGUGGUGUUGCAAUGAUUAAUGUUCAUAUGCAUCAACCAUAUCGUUCAGUUAAAAAAUAUAUGGAUGCAUUAUUAGCAUUUUGGCCUGGUUUACAAGUUUUAACAGGAGAUUUAAAAUCAGCUAUUGAAUUACAUGAAAUGCUUUAUAAUGUUGUUAAAAAACAUAAAUUUUUACCAGAAGCAUUUACAACAGAUUAUAGAAUACAUUGGAAAUCACAUCCAUUAAGACCAGAAUUUGUUGAAUCAACUUAUUUUCUUUAUAAGGCUACUGGUGAUCCACAUUAUCUUGAAGUUGGUAAAACAAUCUUAACUAAUUUAGAAGAACAUGCUCGUGUAUCAUGUGGUUAUGCUGCUUUAUCUGAUGUUUCUACUGGUCAAAAAGAAGAUCGUAUGGAUUCAUUUGUAUUAGCUGAAACAUUUAAAUAUCUUUAUUUAUUAUUUGAUUCAAUACCACAUCAUUAUAUUGAUAUUGAUCAAUUUAUAUUUACAACUGAAGGACAUCUUCUUCCAUUAAAUAUUUUAUUAUUUAAUAUAAAUGAUACAUUAAAAAAUGAAUUCAAUCAAAUAACAUUAAAAUCAGCACAAAUUUAUGAACAAAAAAAUUUUUCUUCAUAUGAAAAAUCAUAUGAACGAAAAGCAAAAAUAAAUCAAUGUCCUGCUAUGGAUGAACAAUUUAAAUCACAUCAAUAUAAAGAAAAAUUACGAGAAAAUAUUCGUGGUGAUCAAGAUAUGACAGAAACAAUAACAAUAUCAUCAAAAUAUAUUGAUAAACAAUCAAAUAAUAUAUCUCAUCAUCGUUUAACUGCUAUGGAAUUUUCUGCUGAUAAUCCUCAGCAUAUAUCUGAACUUAAACAAAUGGGUAUUGAAAUUCAAUAUUUGAUUGGUGGUCAAAUUCAAUUAGCUCAUAUAGCAUCAAAUGCUGAAUCAAUUGAUGAUGCUGAAAAUGGUUUAAUAUUUAUGCAAGAUAUGAUUGAAUUAAUGAAAAAUACAAAUACAGUAGAAAAUUCUCUAACUUAUCAUAUACCAUUAACGGUUAUACCAUUAAUAAUUCCAUUAUUAGAAAAUCCAAUUAGUUUUACUGUUAUUACAGCUCAAUUUGGUAAACAAUUACAUGAUACUCAAGGAAUAUUUGCUCAAUUAUAUGUUGUUGAACCAUAUUCUGCUUGUUCAGAAAUAUUAUAUUCUCAUUAUAUUUAUUCUCGUAUUGGUAUUGUUCGUCGUGGUGAUUGUAUGUUUAUUGAAAAAGCUUAUUAUUUAGAAAAAGCUCAAGCUAUUGCUGGUAUUGUUAUUGAUAAUAAUAUAUCAUUAAAUUCUUCAAAUGGUGCAAUAUUUUCUAUGUCGGGUGAUGGAAAAACUAAUGUAAAUAUACCACUUGUUUUAAUGUUAAAAGAUGAAGCAUAUUCAUUAUUAUAUUUAUUAUCAAAACAACCAAAUUUAUUUGUAUAUAUUGGAGAAGAAGAUCGUUUAAUGGAUAGUUUUUAUCAACAAAUUGAUUAUUUAGAAAGUUUAAUUGAACCAUUUAAUCGAACAACAAAUAAAUGGAUAUAUGGACAAAUAGAAUUAUUUAAAAAAACUAAACAAUGUUCGAUUGUACCAAAGAAUUUAAAACAAUUAGAAUUAACAAUUCAACAAUACAUUGUAUAUUAUACUCAAAAAUAUAAUGAUCCAUCAUUUAAUCUUGAUUUAACUACUUUUAAUUUCGAUGAUCAAUUAAAUAGUAUGGAUGUUUAUCCUACAACAUUUGAUGAACCAUUUCAAGAAGUCAUCUAUAUUAAUAAACAAUCAUUGAAUUUUAAUACAACUAUUGAUAUACAAGAAGAACAAAUAAAUCAAUUCGUUGAAAUCGAUGAAGAAACAAAUGAAGAUGAAUAA